AUGGGGGCGCGGCUGGGCCGGCGGGCAGGGCCCGAGGCGGGCUGCGAAGCUGGAGCGGCGGCGGGCGGCGGGCCCGCGCCCUACGAGCGCCGAGUGCGCUGGCUCCGUGAGAUCCAGUCCACGCUCCGCGAGCGGCAGCCCGAGCGCGCCCAGCAGCUGCUGCACGUCCUGAGCCAGGACCUGGGCCUUGAGGGGACCCUGCUCACUGACAUCCUCUAUAGGAACGUGGCCUUCCUCAACCUGGUGGAUCCUAUCUCCCAUGACUUGUUGGUAAACCUAGCCCGGGACCUGCAGUGCCCUAAGAAGGACUGUGAGCUCUGGACGUCCUCGGACAAGAUCUGCCGGCAGCUCAUCUACCACCUGACCCCUCACUCCAAGAGGCAGCGAGGACCCAGCCUGCCCCGAAGGAAGAGCCAGAGCAGCCUCAAGAGCAGCCUCCAGAAGACACUGCUGGUUGGGGAGACUGUGGAUCUUUCGGGCAUCCCACUGUCUGCUCGAGAUGUGCAGCAUAUAACACGCUACCUGAGCAGCCAUGGCACUGAGCUGGUGGUGCUGGACUUGAGCUUCACAGAACUUAAUGAUGAGCUCUUGCAUCUCUUACUGCCCAGCCUGUGGACACUGCCCCGCCUCACCCAGCUCCUGCUCAAUGGCAAUCGAUUGACUCGAGCCACCGCCCGAGAGCUCACUGAAGCUGUCAAGGACACCACCAAGUUCCCUGCAUUGGCCUGGGUAGACCUGGGCAACAAUGUGGAUGUGGCCUCACUACCCCAGCCUCUGCUGGUUGGCUUGCGUCGGCGACUGAGCCAGCGUGCCUCACUUCCCACCAUCUAUGAAGGCCAAGACCUUGAGCCUGAAAGUGGUAUGGUUGGGGUUACUGUGGCUGCCUCUACCUGGGGCUCUGCAGCUGCCAACCUAGGGUCUGAGUCCCAGGCUUGCUGUGCCAGGUGACUCAUUAUCCCCUGGCUCACUGCUACUAACUGCGGAGGCUCUCAAGAACAUGGAGGCCAAGGAAGUCCCUCAGGCUCCAAG